AUGGGAAAGUACUACGACGAUACCAGUGAGGAUGUGUCUGGUAAACUCACCUUCUACCCCGACUACACCCUGAGUAUGCAUGUGAACCUCUAUGGCUGUGCCGUUUCUGUGAGCGGUGUGAAAUAUUCGAAGCUAACCGCUGUGGGCAAGAUGACUUACGAGUUCACUAUCUCUUAUGCUGGGACGGACCUCGCGAACCAGAUCAACGCAUGUAAGAAGAGGAUCAUUCGUUCCAUCUUUGUAUCGCACUUCAAGCGUCACGCUUGUGAUUUCGAGUUGAUAGCUCACAUGUUGUGA